ACAGUCUGCCGUGGACAGGUCACCUUAUCGCUCGCACCACACAUUGUCAUGCAACAACCGUGAUCCCCGUACUGAACAGGCUGUGUGACAGCUUGUCCUGCGAUGACAGGCCCCUUUACAGGAGAGCAAGGUUUUCCUCUCUACUCUUGCAAGUCUUGAUUCCGUCCGUGAUCUCGUAUUUUUCUCCCGUAACCCUCUGCAUCGUCCUUCUUCUUAGGUUUCUGCUCCGCAACAGUGUGCAGCGGAUACAAGAAACACAGAAGCAAACACAGACACACACAUACACGCACUCAAACAGCAAUGCAGAGAAGAGUGUCGCUAAUUGUGACAGAACAAGGUCCGGACCGAAACUCUGCUGCGGGUAGUCCCAAUGAUGCCUUCCGAAAACAACAGCGCAGCCCCCACCCCUCGAUGAGGGCGUUCGAGGAGAACGACAAACGUCCGUCAGAAAGCCUGCAAGGCUCUUCCAUGGGACACACACGCAGCAUGUGGUGCACUAGCGACAUGAACAACGGUUCGCAGAGCCAGCAGACGGCGGACGAGGGACUCCAUUCGAGAAGAGUAUCUCUCGACGACUUGGACGUCGCCUCGUUGCGACCACGGGGAGGAGAAGGCAGCGGCUCUGUGCCGAUGAUUGGCUCGUUGGUCUACUAUAGACACAAAAGCGACUCUGCGAUCUUGAACCAGAACACACAGGGUGACGCACAGGGUAACGCACAGGGCGACGAACACGGUGCCGCUGUACCACGGCCAGCAACGCUGACGACUGCACCACCAGCGAGACCCUGCAUCAGCGAUGACGGCGAUGGAGCAGACGACGAGGAAGCCUUGCUAUCAGACGCAGAAUCAGUUGCUUCUCCAAUUCCACCACACAUGCGCCACAGGAAAUACAGACACUUCUCAUAUCCGUGGAUCUAUGCAGACGAGGCAGACGAGUUUGGAAUGAUCAAUUCGAAAAUAGAUUCCCGCAUAAGACAGAACGACCAGAGGCUGAGCAGCUACUUCCAGAACCAGCGCAAGAGAAGCCACUUCAACAACACACAUUACCACAUCCCCGGAUUGGACCCGGCUCCCUCCCCAGACUCGGAGCUCUCCGAAAGUUCAGCUCCGGCUGCGCUCCCUUCCAAAAGUAGGUCCAGCUCGACGUCGAUGCGAGAUUCCGUAUCUCCUAACAGUACCGGAAACAGGAGUCCACACACAAAUAGCAGGCAUCGGAGGAGGUUGACGUGCGCCAUGAUAUUCACCACUCCAAAAGUAGUCGAAAUCUGAUCCUAUGGAUCCGGCUUGGCAGACCGCUAGUAUUUUGUACUUACCACCCAACUUUAAGUUACGUUACUGUCCUUUUUUGCUACCAAGUUUCUGGGGUAAUACAACAUUAUCGCAAUGAGAUACCGACAUGGCAAUAUAACCAAUACUUGCUGUUAAUAUAACGACAUAAAUAUGUAAACUAUAUAGACCAGGUCUAAUAUUUUUGUGAACUUCACUUGGACUCUCUCUGUACAAGCUUACUGUUGUAAAACACGAAACUAGCUUUAAGCCUCGAAUUACGCGUAC